CCCCACCUUCCCAUCCCCAUCCCCAUCCUCCCACCCCACCCCACCUUGCGCUCCCGCGUGCACGAGGCAGGCGGUGCUCGUGCUCGUGCUCGUGCUCGUGCAGAUGCUGCAAGCAUGAGGCAGCACUUCGCCCGUCGCCGAACCGGACACGACACGACGUUCGGUCCGCCGUCAUCCGAAAAAGCUGAGUCGUGCUCGCCUGCGGUGGCUUUCAGAAAGUGCUGAGUCAUGUCUGCUGGCCCCGACGACUGCGACAGCGUGUUUGAACUGAAUUCGGUCAUUCCCGAAACGGAGCUGCUGGACAACAGCAUCCAGAAGGGGCGGGUCCAGCUGACCAGGAGGCACCGCCCCUCUCGCUCACGUUGCCACGACAGCGUCAGCUCUAACGACGGCGACGACGGUCCCGACGCCAGGCAGGACAGCGCCACAUCCUCUGCCCGCUCUCCUCUCCGAGGCUCCUCCCCUUCCCCCGAUCCACUGCUGUCGCCGCGUAGCUCCGCCUUCUCCUUCGACACGUCGCUGGUGCGUCGGCUGCCAGACGACGCCGGCCUGACGCUGGCUGUGACCCCGCGAGCGCGCUACCGGCAACUGACCAAUGACGUGUCUCGAGAGUCUGCGGCCACGCCCACCAGCGCCCUCUCCAAGUCGUGCCCCGCCUCUUCCGACGCUUCGCCCGUUUACACGCGAAGGAGCAGGAGGCCCGACAGCGAAGUUCUGGUGUCCGGGUCGAGUCGCGACUCCAGUCCCGCCGACCCGGGUCCGGGGCCGCUGGACCAGAAAACCAAAAGACGCUUCCUGGAUUUGGGCGUGACUCUCAGGCGGUCCUACCUGCGAGCCAAGAAGGACAAACGAGCCGGGGAGGCGGCCGGCGGGGACCCGUCGGCGAGCCUCCGAGAGCGAGAGAGUUCGUCUUCGCGAGCGUCGGCGUCCUCUGUCCCGUUUUCUUGGUUCUCUUCUUCGGGAACGCCGCCGGCAUCCCCGCAAACGCGCGCCGCUGACGCGCACUCGCAGGACUCGACUUGGAGCGAGGACUUUGGCGGUCCUCUGCCGUCGCCGUCCGGGUGUCCUCACGUGGAGUUGUCGGCCUCGGUGUCGGCGCACCCCUACCGCACGCUCUCGCAGUCUUCUGAUGAGCCCGGCGACGAGCCGUCGUGUCCGGCGUGGUCUUGGACGAGCCAGCAGGUGUGCGAGUGGCUGCGGGAUCUGAGCAUGGAUCGCUACGUCCCGGAGUUCCGAGCCGGCGACGUGGACGGACGCUCGCUGCUGCAGUUGGACGGCGGAAAGCUCAAGGGUCUGGGCGUGCUCAGUUCGUGCGACCGCGGCGCUCUGAAGCGGCGCAUCAAAGGCUUGCGGACGACGGCGGAGAAGGAGAAGGCCGGCGGCAAGCAGAAGACCAAAGACCGCAGGAAGCGGCCCGAGCGGCGCGGGAACUGAACGCCGACGGAUGUCCGAAUACGGUCAAAAGGGGGGUUUGCCCCUCCCGCUCGUAUGCAAAUGAGGUGCAAAUGCUGUUGACGUCGGAUCGGUCUGAGAACAUUGAUUGUCACGCUUUCCAAUAAAAGACUUUUAUUGUGAAUGA